CUUUCAAGAAUUAAUUUCUAAUCCCAUUUUCAAGAAAAUGAGAGAAAUUCUUCAUGUACAAGCCGGACAAUGUGGAAACCAGAUCGGAGGGAAGUUUUGGGAGGUCGUGUGUGACGAACACGGCAUCGAUGCCACCGGGAAAUAUGUCGGUAACAGUCAUGUUCAACUAGAAAGAGUGAAUGUGUACUAUAAUGAGGCUAGUGGCGGUAGGUAUGUACCUAGAGCUGUGUUGGUGGACCUAGAGCCUGGUACGAUGGACAGUCUGCGUACCGGACCAUAUGGUAAUAUUUUUAGGCCUGAUAACUUUAUCUUCGGCCAAAAUGGUGCCGGAAACAAUUGGGCUAAAGGGCAUUACACCGAAGGUGCCGAGCUAAUUGACUCGGUUCUUGAUGUUGUUCGUAAGGAAGCCGAGAAUUGUGAUUGUUUGCAAGGUUUUCAGGUAUGUCAUUCGCUUGGAGGGGGGACCGGAUCCGGUAUGGGUACCCUACUGAUAUCGAAGAUCCGUGAAGAGUAUCCGGAUCGGAUGAUGUUGACUUUCUCGGUUUUCCCUUCACCCAAGGUGUCGGAUACAGUUGUUGAGCCAUACAAUGCCACCCUUUCUGUUCACCAGCUUGUCGAGAAUGCUGAUGAGUGCAUGGUUCUUGAUAAUGAAGCACUGUAUGAUAUAUGUUUCCGUACACUCAAGCUCACAAACCCAAGCUUUGGAGACCUGAACCACUUGAUUUCAACUACGAUGAGCGGCGUCACCUGCUGCCUCCGGUUUCCCGGUCAACUGAACUCCGACCUUCGCAAGCUCGCCGUGAAUCUCAUCCCCUUCCCUCGCCUCCACUUCUUCAUGGUCGGAUUCGCACCGUUAACCUCCCGAGGAUCACAGCAGUACCGUGCCCUAACUAUCCCUGAGCUCACUCAACAAAUGUGGGACGCUAAGAACAUGAUGUGCGCCGCCGACCCCCGCCACGGCCGUUACCUCACUGCCUCCGCUAUGUUCCGUGGAAAAAUGUCAACUAAAGAAGUCGACGAGCAGAUGAUCAAUGUGCAAAACAAAAACUCUUCGUAUUUCGUGGAAUGGAUCCCAAACAACGUGAAAUCGAGCGUCUGUGAUAUCCCACCUACCGGACUCUCGAUGUCGUCGACGUUCAUGGGGAAUUCGACCUCCAUUCAGGAAAUGUUCCGGAGGGUUUCUGAGCAGUUUACGGUGAUGUUUAGGAGGAAGGCUUUCUUGCAUUGGUAUACAGGGGAGGGAAUGGAUGAGAUGGAAUUCACAGAGGCUGAAAGUAACAUGAAUGAUUUGGUGUCUGAAUACCAACAGUAUCAAGAUGCUGUGACCGAUGAAGUUGAAGAAGAUGAAUAUGAGGAAGAGGUUGAGGAGAAUUAAAAGUCAAAUUUUCUGAAAUUCAAAUUCAAAGGUAUGUAAUAUUUUAAAGGGGUUGAUUUGUUUGUGUAUUUUUGGCCUUUUGGGCAUUCUCGAAUGUUGUUAUUCUUGUAAGAUUCCUUUCUUUU